GAGUUGGUAACACUGGUAUUUGCCAAGCAAAGGCAAACGUAGUGAUCUUUUUACUCUUUGGCACUAUUCGUGAAUCGUGAAUUGUGAUUACUGAUUUUCAGGAUUAGUGAAUGGAAAGUAGUGUUGAGUGUUACGAUAGUUUAAUAAUAUUUUCAUUGAAAUGUGAUUAACCAGUUUGGAAAUAUUCCGUGAAAAAUGUAUCGAAAUAUAUUAAGGUGUUACGUUUUUCUACUGACUUUGUUGGAUUUAUCUCUGAAAACUAAGCUGACAGCUCGGGGAGAGAGCCAUGGUGUGUCAAUCCAUGAUUCCCUGGUAGAAGGCAUCACAUUCCAGGAAUGGGAGUCCGGGCUGGAGGCGGAGGGCGAGGAGGCGGACGAGGAGGCGGGCGAGGAGGCGGAGGACGAGGGCGAGGGCGUGCGCGCCUGGCCGCGGGCGCUGCGCUUCGGGCGCGCGGCGCUGGGGCAGGCGCACGCGCGCGUCGUCACCGUCACCAACCGCGCCAACGCCACGCUGCACCUCGCCUCCGUGGCGGGCACCACGCCCGACUUCCACGCCUCCUUCUUUGACUCCAAGACGCUGGCGCCCGGCGGCAACACGUCGUUCACCGUGGUGUACCUGGGGCGGCGCGAGGGGCCCGUGCGCGCCCUGCUCUACGUGCACACGUCGCUGGGCGUGGCCGAGUACCGCGUGUCGGCCGUGGGCGUGGCCAGCGCCUACGGCGUGUGGCCGCUGCUGGGCCUGCGCGUGCCGCUGGGCGCGCGCGCCGAGCCCGCGCUGGCGCUGCACAACCCGGCCGCGGCGCCGCUGCAGGUGCGCGAGGUGUACUCGUCCGCCGCCUGGCUGCAGCUGCGCCUGCCCGCCGCCGCCGCCGCCGCCGACGCCUGGCGCGUGCCGCCGCACGAGACGCGCACGCUGGUGCACCUGCGCGUGGCGCCGCCGCCGCACGCGCAGCCGCUCACCGCCUACGUGCGCGUGCGCGCCGACGUGCCCGGCGGCGGGCUGCUGCUGGCGGUGGAGGCGCGCGCCGUGCCCGCCGGCGAGCACGCGCGCCCGCCGCACGUGCGCCUGCGCGCGCACGGCUCGCGCGACGCGGCGCUCAGCGUGCGGCUGGAGCUGGCCAACAGCGGCGGCGCCGAGGUGCCGCUGGAGGGCGGCGUGAGCGACGCGGGCUGCUGGCGCGACGCGCCGCCUGCCCCGUGCGCGGCGCCGCCGGCCGCGCGCGCCAACGGCGGCGGCGCGGCGGGCGCGCGGCUGGCGCUGCUGCGGUCGGCGCUGGCGCCGCACCAGGACUUCGUGCCGGCGGCGGAGCUCACGCUUGAUUUCGCCGAGCUGUGGGCGGGCGCGGGCGUGGGCGCGGGCGCGGCCGAGGCGUGGUGCGCCGGCUGCGUGCAGCUCGGGCGCGCGCUCGUGCCCUUCAGCGUGCGCCUGCUGCCCGGCGCGCUGCGCUUCGAGCCGCCGCAGCUGCACCUGCUCAGCGAGCGCGCGCCGCCGCUCGAGCUGCGCGCGCACAACGAGUUCGCGGCGCCGCUGCGCGUGCUGGCCGUGCGCCUGCCGCCCGCCGCCGAGCCGCUCGUGGCGCUGGAGGCGCUGGCGCCGCUCACGCUGCGCGCGGGCGAGGCGGCGGCGCUGGCGCGCGUGCGCCUGCGCGGGCCGGCGGCGCCCGAGCUGGCGCUGGACGCGGCGCUGGAGGUGCUCACGGAGCGCGCCCACUACCGCGUGCCGCUGCGCGCCUUCAGCGGGCGCCUGCUGUUCGAGUGGGAGUGGGCGCACGCGUCGGCGGCGCGCCUGCAGCUGGGCGCGCUGGGCGCGUCGGCCACGCGGCGCGUGCGCGUGCGCCUGCGCAACCCGGCGCCCGUGCCGCUGUGCGUGGCGGCGCUGGAGGCGCGCCUGCCGGCCGGCGCGGCCAGCUUCGCGCGCGCGGACGCCGAGUGCGUGCCGCCGGGCGGCGCGGCGCAGGCCGUGCUGACGGUGGUGGCGCCGGCGCGCGCGGGCGAGCUGCGCGGCGAGCUGCGGCUGGACACGCCGCUGGCGCGCGGGCGCGCCGAGCUGCUGCUGCGCGUGCGGCCGGGCGGCGUGCGCCUGCUGCCGCUGCGGCUGCCGCCCGCCGCGCCGUACGCCGCCGCCGCCGCCGACCUGCUGGCCGACAGCACCAUGGACGUGCCGAUGCGCGUGACGAGCCUGGAGCUGGCGCCGCCGCACGCCGACCCCGCGCUCAGCUUCGCCUGGGACGGCGCCGAGUACGGCUGGGUGCGCGGCGGGCGCUCGCGAGUGGCGCGCGUGCGGCACGCGCCCGAGCGGCGCUGCGAGCCCGCCUGCUACUGCGGUCUGCCGCUGCACAGCGCCGACGGCGCGGCCUGGCUGCGGCGCGCCGCCCGCCCGCGCGACGCGCUGCCCGCCGACCUGCAGCUGCUGCGCGCGCGCCUGCAGCUGUUCGAGCGCCAGCGCGCCGCGCUCGCGCGCAACGUGUCGCUGCUGCUGCACACCAGCGAGGCGCUGCACGUGCCGGCGCCCGUCGAGCUGGCGCUGGCGUGGCCGCGGCUGGCGGCGCCGGGCGCGGGCCGCGCGCCGCUGGCCGCCGUGGGGCGCGCCGCCACGCUGCGCCUGGCGCUGCGCAGCGCCGCGCACGCGCCCGUGCUGCUGCAGGCGCUGCUGGCGCCGCGCGCCGAGCUGCCGGAGCGCGCGGGCGGCGAGGCGGCGCCGGCGGACGCGGCGGACGCGCCCGACGCGUUCCGGCUGGCGGGCUGGCGCGUGACGCGCGGCGCGGCGGCGCCGUGGAACGAGUCGGCGGCGGACGCGCUGACGCUGCUGCUGGCGCCGCGCGCGGAGCUGGAGCUGAGCGUGGAGUUCGCGCCGCCGGCCGCGGGCGCGUUCGCCGCCGCGCUGUACCUGCGCAACAACCUCACGGUGCUGGAGGCGGUGCCGCUGCUGGGCGAGGGCGAGCACCCCAGCUUCGAGCUGUCGGGGCGCCGGCCCGGCUCCGAGGCGCCCUUCACGCUCGAGGUGAAGGAGUGCCUGUGGGGCGGCGCGGGCGCAGCCGUGCGCCGGCUGCUGGCGCGCAACACCGGCCGCGUGCCCGUCACGCUGGCGCACUGGCGCGUGGCGGGCGCCGCCUGCGCCGCGCGCGGCUUCGCGCUGCGCCCCUGCGAGCCGCUGCGUCUGGCGCCCAACGCCUCGCUGCCGCUGCACGUCUCCUUCGCGCCCGACUACACGCUGGCGCGCGCCACCGCCACGCUCGCGCUGCUCGGCGACGCGGGCCCCGCGCACUUCCGCCUGCUGGCCACCGUGCCCGCGCGCGUGCUGGCGCAGUGCGCCGCCGCCGCGCCGCGCCCGCCCUGGGACGGGCUGCUGCGCGGCCUCGGCGUCGCCGUCGCCUGCGCCGCGCUCGCCUGCGCGCUGGCCGCCGCCGCGCUGGACGCCGAGCGCCUGCUGCGGCGCGCGCGCGCCGCCCGCCCGCCCGCCGCGCCGCGCGCGCCGCUCGACCUGCGCGCGCUCGCCGAACCCGCCGCGCCCGCGCCGCCGCCCGCGCGCGCCGCCGCCCGCCGCCGCCGCGCGCCGCGCCGCGCGCUGCCCGCGCUGCCCGCGCUCGACCCGCGCGCCGAGCGCCGCGCCUUCGAGCGCUGGCGCGCCGAGGUGCUGCGGCGCGGCGGCGACGGCGGCGACUCGUCCCGCUCCAGCGACGAGGACGAGGAGCGCGCGCCGCUCGCCGCGCCCGCCGCCUCCGACGCGGCGUCGUCCGCCUCCGACGCGUCGACGCCGGCCGACGAGCGCGACGACGAGCCGUACGGCGGCGACGUGGAGCCCGACCCGCCCGACGACGAGGCGCCGGCGGAGCAGACGCGCCGCGCCGCGCCGCCGGCCGCCGCGCCGCCGCCGGCCGCCACGCCGCCGCCCGAGCCGCGGCCGGCCGCCGACGCGCCGCGCCGCGCCGAGCGCACGCGCAGCGACUCGGGCCGCCGCAGCGCGCCCGCCCGCCACCACGUGCGCAAGGAGCGGCCGGGCAAGCGGCGGCCGCCGCCCACGCCGCCGCCGCGCUCGCCCGCGCCCAGCGCGCCGCCGCCGGGCGAGCGCGGCGCCGUGCGGCCCUGGGCCUCGUGGAGCUCGGUGGUGGCGGCGCGCGCGCCCGCGCCGCUGGCGCCCAUCGGCUCCGACGUGCGGCGCCGCGAGCCCGAGCGCGCGCCCGACAACUCGCUCUUCUACUUCAACGGCUCGGCGGCCGACAAGCUGGCGUGGCUGCCGGCGCGCGCCGACGUGUGGGGCGCGUGGGGCGCCUGGCCCGCCGCGCCCCUGCGCCCGCCGCCCGGCUUCGCGGCGCCCGCGCCCGCGCCCGCGCCGCCGCCGCCACCGCUCGAGCCGCGCGCCUACGACCCCUUCCGCUCGCUCGCCUCCAUCUGGGCGCCCGCGCCCAACGACUGGCGCGCCGCGCCCGCCCCCGCCUCCGCGUCCGCGCCCGCGCCCGACGAGCGCCGCGACUGAUGCGUCACACGACGCGGCGGCGUGCACGUGCUGCUACACGUCGAUGCGCGACUCACACAUGAAUGUAAACUUAAAGAACAACAGUAUAGAAAGAUUGAAGAACAAAAGUGCGAUAAAAUAUUUGACCGAAAGAAGUCAGUAAUAUGUCACGGCGCCGCGAAUGUCCCGGCGCCGCCCGCGGUACAUGUUGAAUAUAACGAGGUUAUAGUGUAAGAGUCGCAUUUUAAUAUUAAGAGUGCAGUCUAGUCCAUUUGAAGGUCGGUAUAGCGAGGAGCUCCUGCAGGAACCCGACGGUGUCGCUGAGUCGAGUGCAAGUACUCUGCAGUUAGUCUUACAGUGAAAUCUUUUUUGUAACAAAUUAUUACUUUUGAACCAACGGCGGCACUGGAGCCUGUUUAGUUGUACGAGAUCUGAAGUAAAGUGAUGAAUGACU